AGAGGAAGAUGGAGAAAAGAGGAGCCAGGGAGGGCUUGGCUGCCUCUUCUUGAGCCUGCACUCCCCCUCCCCCGUCCUCUCCCUUCUCUCAGCCUGACUGACUGACUGACACUCUCUCUCUCUCUCAAUGUGUUUCAGUGUGUCUCUCACCCACUUCUAUCACUGAUACUUGCUGCCCUGCCCUGCUCUGGCUGGCUUUGGCAGCCCCACACCCACUCCACCCCUGCUGUUUUCUCAACUCUCUCUCUCUCUCUCUCUCUCUUCUACUUUCGUCUGGAGCUUGCUUGCUUGCUUGCUCUUUCCUCUAUCACCAUUGAGGGAGGAGGGAGGUCCCACUUGGGUCGGGGUGUCUUCCCUUUUCCGCUUGUCCCGACGCUAAGCCCAAUCGGUCGCAAAGUGGGUUGUUGCUUGUGUCGCAAUGGAUGCGUAGAGAGUGAGUGGGGUCCAACUGCUAUCAUUCAAAUCACUGUCAACUCAUACACAUUGGGGUGGUGUUGGAGGUCUCUUCGCAAGGAACGUGAAUAAUGGAGUGUGGGGAUGUUGGGGAGUGUGGUGGUUUGUGAAAGUGGCGAUGCAGUGGGAGGGAGGUGGGAUGGGGCAUCGUGGGCUUGAGUUUCGUGAUUUGAUAGUGGGUGGCGAUGAUGUGGGUUUGGAGUAGAAGGGGAGAGAGCGAGAGAGAAAUAGUGAGUGAGUGGUAGAGAGGAGCCAGUGUGGGUUUGUAUCUCGAUCCGAGGGUGAACGGGAGUUUGGUCGUCGGAAGGGAUUGUUAGUGGGGCUGUGGACUGCAGCGUGACGGUUGGAGUUGGGUGGCACUGUUGCAACUGAUCUCUGGCGCAUGGGGAGACAGGGACACUAUAUUUCGGGAGCUUCCUGAGGGGAGCUGUUUUUUUGGGGGUCAACUCGUAUGAGGCAACAUUCAUCUGGAGAAAGAUGACCCUGGGUCGGCAUUGCACUGCGGGAGCGACACCGCUGGUGUCGAGGGCGAAACCUAGUCUGAGGUAGAUAAACAGGCACAGGACAAUACUUCUGUGAUUCCUGUGUUAGGUUGUGGAUGCUAAAAGGAAGGCUUUGCUGGCUACUACUACGUCGUCGUCAUUUCAACACUAGGACACUUCAUAGUUUCAGCUUCACGUCGUCUCUUUCGUCACUAGAUCUACGACUACCGACCAACUGUGAGGCGGUUAGUUACUUCUUGGUGCGACCUCCCGAACUCAGCAGGUGAUGACUCAUGACAUAGAUUUGGUCCCAGCAUACAGAAGAUCUAUGUACAGGUGAAAAGUCCUGGACUUUGGAUUCUGAGGGAUUGAACGGCGGGUGUUGAGAGGAGUGAAGAUGGCGUCAAAUACCGUGACAAGCGAGCUUUCGAAGAAGACCAACAUCUUCGGCUUGAAGCUGUGGACAGUAAUAGGAGUAUGUGUUGGUCUAGUAAUUAUUGCUACUCUCUUUCUACUGUGGCUAUGGCUGUUAUCGCGUCGUAGGCCAAAAAAGGACAAGCUCCCGUUGCAUCAGGUCUCAGAUGCAAGCUCCAAAGAAAUUAAGGAUGUUAAAAUAGACAGGGUUGGCAACACGUACCUCCCGCCGCCGGAUCCAGUUCUCCUUACGAUCAGCGAAAACUCGGGUGAGAAGGAUUCUAUGGAGAAGGGCGUGGUCCAUGUAGGAGAUACAAAAUCCUCCAGCUUCAAGAAUCCCAUUGUGUGGAAAGGGGAUAGAGAAAAGACGGGCUACGCAGGUGAAGUCAUCAUGCAAACGCAGGAUAACACUAUCGAGCGACAUGACAAGCCCAGCUCGCUCAAAUUUGAAGCGAACCAGGAGAGGGGCUCGUUUCUGAGUCUGUCAGGGGGCUCCGGCUCUACCCGGAGCCUCGACUCGCCUGUCUCUGCAGUCCCGGAGGUUUCCCAUUUAGGGUGGGGCCAUUGGUACACCUUGAGGGAGCUCGAAGCUGCCACAGAUAGCUUUGCCGAUUCUAAUGUUCUCGGCGAAGGUGGCUAUGGGAUUGUGUACAGAGGCCAGUUGCCCGAUUCCACCUUGAUCGCUGUCAAAAAUCUACUUAACAACAGAGGUCAAGCGGAGAAGGAGUUUAGAGUGGAAGUGGAAGCGAUCGGACGCGUUCGACACAAGAAUCUCGUGCGCUUGCUGGGGUACUGUGCGGAGGGUGCUCACAGGAUGCUUGUGUACGAGUACGUGGAUAAUGGAAACUUGGAGCAGUGGCUGCAUGGACCUCUGUCCCAAACAAAUACACUUCCAUGGGAAGCCCGCAUGCGGAUUGUCAUGGGUACUGCUAAAGGGUUGGCAUAUUUGCAUGAGGCUUUGGAGCCGAAGGUUGUGCACCGUGAUAUCAAAUCCAGCAACAUUCUUGUGGAUGCGCAAUGGAAUGCUAAGGUGUCUGAUUUUGGACUUGCCAAGCUUCUUGGCUCUGGCAAGAGCCAUGUCACCACGCGUGUCAUGGGAACUUUCGGGUAUGUAGCCCCCGAGUACGCGAACACGGGCCUGCUGAACGAGCGAAGUGAUGUGUACAGCUUUGGGGUGCUUCUCAUGGAGAUUAUCACCGGGCGAGAUCCUGUGGACUACAACCGUGCUGCUGGAGAGAUCAACUUGGUGGACUGGUUGAAACAGAUGGUGGGCAAUAGGCGCUCAGAGGAAGUGGCAGAUCCAUGCAUGGAAGUGAAGCCAACUUCGCGAGCCCUGAAGAGGGCUCUUCUGGUAGCCCUGCGGUGCGUGGACCCAGACGCUCUGAAAAGACCCAAGAUGGGCCAUGUCGUUCACAUGCUUGAGGCCGAGGAGUUUCCCUUCCGUGAUGAUCGGAAAGCUGGGUCCAGCCACCCCCGCUCCCACCGCACGGAGGCUCAAAACCAGGAGCGGUUGCUGCAACGGCUUUCUAAGGGGCAUCCAGCCGAUGUCGACAGCGAUAACUCCGUCGACGACAGCCCUGCUAACCGGAACUUCGUAAGACGCAACCGCGCGUACGAGAAUCUGGCCACCAGCUCACCUCGUCGUUACGAAGGGUGAUAGAUGGGAUGCAAUCACACGACCACAUCAAUCACAAUUCUCCAUCAACCAAUCAAUUAAUCAAUCAGUCAGGCGAGCGAGGCUAUUCUCUUUGUCGAUGAAUCAUCCCCGCUUCACUGUUGUCCGCCGUGUGCAGUUGAAGACCCGCCACCACCCGUUUCAAGUCAGCCUUCGAGAUUGACACCAUAGUUGGCCACUCAGCAAUCCAAUUCUAGGGGGUAAUGGGUAGUUGGGGGGAGGGAGGGGGAGGAAGUGUCCAGAUGUAAGUAAUAUACAUUGACUGUACUUUUAUAGGAAUCUCGGUGUCGGAGGGGGGAAAAGAGUUGGUUGUGGACUCCGUAUACAAACUUCGAGUAAUUUUACAGGCCUUUUUUGUUUUAUU